AUGAAAUGUCCAUGUAACUGUUGUUCUCUAGCCAAAUUCAAGUCAAGAGAAGAUAUUGAAGGUGAUUUGAUAUGCUAUGGCUUUUUAAGUUCUUACACAAGUUGGGUGUUUCACGGAGAGAGAAUAUUUGUCACAGAAAAUGCAAGAGUACCUACUGAUGAUUUAGCUCAAGUUGAAAUGGAUUCAACUUUGAAUCUCUUGGAUGAUCUUUUCCCUGGUAUUGAUACUAAUAUGUAUGGUGAAAAUGCAUUUGGAUCUUGUGAGCAGCCUAUGGACACUGAUAGACCAUCAACUUCAAGUGGAAAUUUUAGAAAAGAAGAAAGUUUUGAUGAGUUGCUUGCUGAUUUUACCCAAGAGCUAUAUGAUGGAUGCACAAAAUUCACGAAGUUGUCUUUUAUAUUGAAGUUGUACCAUAUCAAGUGUAUGUGUGGGAUAAGUGACAAAGGCAUAUCUAUGGUGCUUGAUUUGCUGAAAGAAGCAUUUACACAUGCUAAGUUGCCAAAGUCAUUUAAUGACAUGAAGGGAGUUAUUCGUAAAUUAGGAUUGAGUUACGAGAAAAUUCAUGCAUGUCCAAAUGAUUGCAUGUUAUUUUGGGAGGCAGAUGCAGAAAGGGAGACUUGUAAAGUUUGUGAAGCUUCUCGUUGGAAACAAAAUAUUUCUGCCAAGAGUAAGGUUAGGCUAAGUACGGUAUCUGGAUCAGAGAAAAUAAAGAAGAAAACUCCAGCAAAAGGUACAAUAUCUGGAUCAGAGAAGAAAACAAAAAAAACUCCUGCAAAAAUUUUGCGUUAUUUUCCUCUAAAACCGAGACUACAACGCUUAUUCAUGUCAUCAAAAACUGCUACCCACAUGAGAUGGCAUGCAACUGCGUCUAAUAAUGAUGGCAAGCUUCGACAUCCAAGAGACGGAGAGGCUUGGAAAUCAUUUGAUCAAAAAUAUCCAGAAUUCGCAUCUGAUCCAAGAAAUGUCAGACUAGGCUUGGCGACUGACGGUUUUAACCCAUUUGGUACAAUGAGUAAUAGUUAUAGCAUAUGGCCAGUGAUAUUAUUUCCUUAUAAUUUGCCACCAUGGAUGUCAAUGAAGCAGACAUCAAUGAUCCUCUCUAUGGUUAUCCCUGGAAAGCAAAUGCCUGGUAAUGAUAUUGAUGUCUACUUACAGCCACUUAUCAAAGAAUUGAAGGAAUUAUGGUUUGAUGGGGUUAAAACAGUAGAUGCUUCCACAAAACAAACAUUUGACAUGCGAGCAGCCAUCAUGUGGACAAUUAGUGAUUUUCCUGGUCUUGGAAAUUUGUCGGGUUGGAAUAUAUAUACGACAUCAGCUUGUCCAAGCUGCAAUUUUGAUGGCACCGGCCAACGUUUACGCCAUGGCAAAAAAAAUUGUUUUCAGGGUCAUCGUCGCUUUCUUCCUCAAGAUCAUGAUUUUCGUCAAAAUAUAACUAAUUUUGACGGAUAUAUCGAAACCAGAUCACCACCAGUGACGUUAACAGGUUCUACAAUUGUUCAUCAACUAGAACAGGUUAAUGUUACUCUUGGUAAGAAGCAUGGUUUAGUUGGAGUUGGAGGAAAAAGAGAUCGAAGUCAUGUUGGAAGAUCUAGUACUCAACAAUGGAAGAAGAGAAGUAUAUUUUUUGUGUUGCCUUAUUGGGAAUUUAUUAUGUUGAGGCAUAAUUUGGAUGUCAUGCAUAUAGAUAAAAAUGUGUUUGACAAUUUACGCUACACAUUAUUGGACGACAAAGAAAAAUCAAAGGAUAAUUUGAGUGCUAGAAAAGAUCUUCGCGAGUUAGGUAUACGUUCUGACUUGUGA